AUGGUCUACGGCGUCGUGAAGAAACUCCUCGACGAGCACGGGGAACCCCUCGCGGAGGCCGGGCCGUCGACCCCGGUGAUCCUCCACGGGUUUCGCCUCCCCCCGAAACCCGGGGCGGUGCUGCUCCAGGUCAGCAGCGAAAAGCACGCGGAGAAGUUUUAUUACUUCAUGCGCGACGUCUACGCGGUGGAAGGGGGGCGGGAGAACUACCUGCAGCUGUUGAAUCAAGAACAGCUCGGGGUGUUUAACAACCGGAAGCCCGAUAACAACCUCGUCCGCGCGUACAGCACGAAGGCGUUCGUGAUCACCUGCAAGGCGGCCACGUUUGGGAUGUUGCAGGCGAUGCUGAAGACGAUCUACGAGCUCCCCCGCCUGGACGGGAUCUCGAUGGAGAUCAAAACGACGGAGAUUGGGGGGUUGCGGAAUGCCGACGUCAUGCUCGUCGGCGCCUCCGGGCAACCGGGCUGCCUGUUAGUCUACGGCGAUUGCGAGGAUACGAUGACGCUCGCGGUGCCGAGCCACGUGACGGUGAUUCGCUUUGACGUCUUGUAUUACGGGAUCGAAAAGCUCAAGCAGUGUUUGGUGGAUCAGCUCCCUCCGAUCUCCCGCACCCGCGUCGUCGCCUCGGCGGAGUGUUUGCAAACCUUUAAAUCCUCGCAAGCCGGGCGCGGGGGCAAUGCCGGGGGGAUGAUGGUGACGAAAGGCACCUUAGACGCCGCCCACCUCACCUUUCGCGUCCGGCGGGGCCCCCUUCUCCGGGGCAAACCCCGCGCGACGGAACCCUCUGAAGCCGAGGACGCGGCGGAGAUCGUCUACGAAGGUCGCCUGAAGGAGCUUCGUCGGUUUAAAGACCUCGUGCCCUGCGUGGAGACGGGGUUGGAGUGUGGGGUGAUCCUCUACGACGAGUUCGCCUUCCGCGUCGGCGACGUGUUGGAGCAGAUCGAGCGCUACGACGAGCCUCGCGACGUCGCGGCGGAGUACGAGGCCGCGGAAAAACGGGAGCGGGUGACGCGGGAAACCGCCCAACUCCAGGAGCGCCUCGCCGCGCAGCAGGCCCAGGCGAAAGGGGCGGAGGAGGAAAUGGAAAAGCUCGCCGAGAGAUUGCAGGCCAUGGCCUAG